GCACUUAAGGCGCUGCAGGUUCAGGUUCAGAAGCUUGUUGAGGACAAUCGUACUCUUCGUGAGGAGAACAAAGUUCUGAUCGCUGAGAAGCCCAAACGAAAGCGUCGUGUGGAAGCACCUGAUGAACUUUUGGCCCAUGAGCAAACAAUAACUCUUUUCGCUCGUAAAUACGGCCUGACUGUUGAAAUG